AUGGCGCAAGCAUCCUUCCUCCCACAGCAACAACAAUCACUCAGCAGUCUGGCUGAUAUGACGGGUCAGUUUAAUGGUGGCUAUUACAAGAUCGAUCAUCGUGAUACAAAUACCCUACUGUCAGUCACCUUAUCGCCCCAAGCGUCAUUCUUUGCACAACCAGGCGCCAUGGUAGCUAUGAGUCCCGAAGUGCAACUGAAGGGUAAACUCAAAUUUUCAUUCAAAAAAAUGCUGACUGGCGGCGAGAUGUCUCAGUCAACAUUCACGGGUCCGGGCGAGAUUCUUCUCGCACCACCCAUCUGGGGCGAUAUUGUUCCCAUUCAGCUCGAUGGCUCCCUUCAGUGGUCAGUGGGUAAGGGCGGCUUUUUGGCGAUGACUGAAGGUGUAGUCAAAGAAACUAAAUCGCAAGGGUUUGGCAAGGGAAUGUUUUCUGGUGAAGGUUUCUUUGUUAAUCGUAUAUCAGGCACGGGCAUCUUGUUUGUUACCUCUCUCGGAGCUAUCAUUCAACGACAACUGCGUCAAGGCGAACAAUGGAUUGUUGAUAACGGACAUUUGGUCGCAUGGAAUUGUCCAUAUACAAUUGAGAGAUCGGGUGGUGGCAUUGUUAGUGGUAUGCAUGCUGGAGAAGGACUCGUAUGUCGAUUCACUGGUCCGGGAAUUGUGUUCAUUCAGGUAUGA